CCGGCAGCCACGCCCCUUUGUUUACCUAAAUCCAGCAUGGCGGCUGUGCCGUGUUCGCGGUAGAUAGCGGAACAUGUGGAGCGGGUUAUUACCGCCCGGGGUCCGGGAGAGCGAUUUAUCGGAGGAGGAGCCAGAGCCAGGAGCGGCAGGGGGCCCCGGGGCUGAGACUGGAGAACCGAACUGCAUUGUGGGAGUCCCUGACAGCAGCUACACUGUAUGUAUAGGCCAGACCAGGCCAUAGAGCACCGAUAGAAUGGAUUGGGAUAGACCAAACCAUAGAGCACCGAUAGAAUGGAUUGGGACAGGCCAGACCAUAGAGCACCGAUAGAAUGGAUUGGGACAGGCCAGACCAUAGAGCACCGAUAGAAUGGAUUGGGACAGGCCAGACCAUAGAACACCGAUAGAAUGGAUUGGGAUAGACCAAACCAUAGAGCACCGAUAGAAUGGAUUGGGACAGGCCAGACCAUAGAGCACCGAUAGAAUGGAUUGGGACAGGCCAGACCAUAGAGCACCGAUAGAAUGGAUUGGGACAGGCCAUAGAACACCAAUAGAAUGGAUUGGGACAGGCCAUAGAACACCAAUAGAAUGGAUUGGGACAGGCCAUAGACCGCAGAUAGAAUGGAUUGGGACAGACCAGACCAUAGAGCACCGAUAGAAUGGAUUGGGAUAGACCAAACCAUAGAACACCGAUAGAAUGGAUUGGGACAGGCCAUAGAACACCAAUAGAAUGGAUUGGGACAGGCCAUAGACCGCAGAUAGAAUGGAUUGGGACAGGCCAGACCAUAGAACACCGACAGAAUGGAUUGGGACAGGCCAGACCAUAGAACGCAGAUGGAAUGGAUUGGGACAGACCAGACCAUAGAGCACCGAUAGAAUGGAUUGGGACAGGCCAUAGAACACCAAUAGAAUGGAUUGGGACAGGCCAUAGACCGCAGAUAGAAUGGAUUGGGACAGGCCAGACCAUAGAACACCGAUAGAAUGGAUUGGGACAGGCCAUAGACCGCAGAUAGAAUGGAUUGGGACAGGCCAGACCAUAGACCGCAGAUAGAAUGGAUUGGGACAGGCCAUAGAACACCAAUAGAAUGGAUUGGGACAGGCCAUAGAACACCGAUAGAAUGGAUUGGGAUAGACCAGACCAUAGAUCACCGAUAGAAUGGAUUGGGAUAGACCAUAGAACACCGAUAGAAUGGAUUGGGACAGGCCAUAGACCGCAGAUAGAAUGGAUUGGGACAGGCCAGACCAUAGAACACCGAUAGAAUGGAUUGGGAAAGGCCAUAGAACGCAGAUGGAAUGGAUUGGGACAGACCAGACCAUAGAGCACCGAUAGAAUGGAUUGGGACAGGCCAUAGAACACCAAUAGAAUGGAUUGGGACAGGCCAUAGAACACCAAUAGAAUGGAUUGGGACAGGCCAUAGACCGCAGAUAGAAUGGAUUGGGACAGACCAGACCAUAGAGCACCGAUAGAAUGGAUUGGGAUAGACCAAACCAUAGAACACCGAUAGAAUGGAUUGGGACAGGCCAUAGAACACCAAUAGAAUGGAUUGGGACAGGCCAUAGAGCACCAGACCAUAGAACACCGAUAGAAUGGAUUGGGACAGGCCAUAGAACGCAGAUGGAAUGGAUUGGGACAGACCAGACCAUAGAGCACCGAUAGAAUGGAUUGGGACAGGCCAUAGAACACCAAUAGAAUGGAUUGGGACAGCCAUAGAACACCAAUAGAAUGGAUUGAAGGAAAAAUACAGACCUGAGAGACAGAAUGGAUUGGGGACAGACUGCACUUCAUAGAGCAAUCGAUGAAUGGAUUGACAGAAUUUCAAACCAGAACAUCGAUAGAAUGGAUUGGGAUUGCGCCAAGGAACAAUCAAUAGAAUGGAUUGGGACAGGCCAAGGACCGCAGGAUAGAAUGGAUUGGGAUUGAGUCAGACCGACAGAAUCGAUAGAAUGGAUUGGGACAGCCAUAGAACCAGAUGGAAUGGAUUGGGAAUGCGACCAGACCAUAGAUAAUCGACAGAAUGGAUUGGGACAGGGCCAUAGAAUCAAUAGAAUGGAUUGGGACAGGCCAUAGAACACCGAUAGAAUGGAUUGGGACAGGCCAUAGAACACCGAUAGAAUGGAUUGGGACAGGCCAGACCAUAGAGCACCGAUAGAAUGGAUUGGGACAGGCCAGACCAUAGAGCACCGAUAGAAUGGAUUGGGACAGACCAUAGAACACCAAUAGAAUGGAUUGGGACAGGCCAUAGAACACCGAUAGAAUGGAUUGGGAUAGACCAGACCAUAGAUCACCGAUAGAAUGGAUUGGGAUAGACCAUAGAACACCGAUAGAAUGGAUUGGGAUAGACCAUAGAACGCAGAUAGAAUGGAUUGGGACAGACCAGACCAUAGAGCACCGAUAGAAUGGAUUGGGAUAGACCAAACCAUAGAACACCGAUAGAAUGGAUUGGGACAGGCCAUAGAACACCAAUAGAAUGGAUUGGGACAGGCCAUAGACCGCAGAUAGAAUGGAUUGGGACAGGCCAGACCAUAGAACACCGACAGAAUGGAUUGGGACAGGCCAGACCAUAGAACGCAGAUGGAAUGGAUUGGGACAGACCAGACCAUAGAGCACCGAUAGAAUGGAUUGGGACAGGCCAUAGAACACCAAUAGAAUGGAUUGGGACAGGCCAUAGACCGCAGAUAGAAUGGAUUGGGACAGACCAGACCAUAGAACACCGAUAGAAUGGAUUGGGACAGGCCAUAGACCGCAGAUAGAAUGGAUUGGGACAGGCCAGACCAUAGACUGCAGAUAGAAUGGAUUGGGACAGGCCAUAGAACACCAAUAGAAUGGAUUGGGACAGGCCAUAGAACACCGAUAGAAUGGAUUGGGAUAGACCAGACCAUAGAUCACCGAUAGAAUGGAUUGGGAUAGACCAUAGAACACCGAUAGAAUGGAUUGGGAUAGACCAUAGAACGCAGAUAGAAUGGAUUGGGACAGCCCAGACCAUAGAGCACCCGAUAGGAAUGGAUUGGGACGGCCAGACCAUAGAGCACCGAUAGAAUGGAUUGGGACAGGCCAUAGAACACCGAUAGAAUGGAUUGGGAUAGACCAGACCAUAGAACACAGAUAGAAUGGAUUGGGACAGGCCAGACCAUAGAACACCGAUAGAAUGGAGUGGGACAGGCCAUAGAACACCGAUAGAAUGGAUUGGGACAGGCCAUAGAACGCAGAUAGAAUGGAUUGGGAUAGACCAGGCCAUAGAGCGCAGAUAGAAUGGAUUGGGACAGGCCAUAGAGCGCAGAUAGAAUGGAUUGGGACAGGCCAUAGAACACCGAUAGAAUGGAUUGGGACAGACCAGACCAUAGACCGCAGAUAGAAUGGAUUGGGACAGGCCAGACCAUAGAACACCGAUAGAAUGGAUUGGGACAGGCCAGACCAUAGAACACCGAUAGAAUGGAUUGGAACAGGCCAGACCAUAGAACACCGAUAGAAUGGAUUGGGGACAGACCAUAGAACACCGAUAGAAUGGAUUGGGACAGGCCAGACCAUAGAGCACCGAUAGAAUGGAUUGGGGACAGGCCAGGCCAUAGAGCACCGAUAGAAUGGAUUGGGAUAGACCAGACCAUAGAACACCGAUAGAAUGGAUUGGGAUAGACCAGACCAUAGAACACCGAUAGAAUGGAUUGGGGACAGACCAUAGAACACCGAUAGAAUGGAUUGGGGACAGACCAUAGAAUGGAUUGGGACAGGCCAGACCAUAGAACACCGAUAGAAUGGAUUGGGACAGGCCAUAGAACACCGAUAGAAUGGAUUGGGACAGGCCAUAGAGACACCGAUGGGAAUGGUUAGGACAGACCAUGCAGAACACAGGAGAAAGUAGAAUGGAUUAGGACAGGCAGACCAUAGAACACCGAUAGAAUGGUUAGGGGACAGACCAUAGAACACGAUACAGAAUGAAUUAGAGGACAGACCAUAGAACACCCGAUAGAAUGGAUUGGGGACAGACCAUAGAACACGAAUACAGAAUGAAUUUAGGACAGGCCAGACCAUAGAACACCGAUACAGAAUGGUUGAGGGACAGACCAUAGAACACCCACGAUAGAAUGGUUGGGGACAGACCAUAGAACACCGAUAGAAUGGAUUGGGGACAGACCAUAGAACACAGAUAGAAUGGAUUGGGACAGGCCAGACCAUAGAACACCGAUUGAAUGGAUUGGGACAGGCCAUAGAACACCGAUAGAAUGGAUUGGGACAGGCCAUAGAACACCGAUAGAAUGGAUUGGGACAGGCCAGACCAUAGAACACCGAUAUAAUGGAUUGGGACAGGCCAGACCAUAGAACACCGAUAUAAUGGAUUGGGACAGGCCAGACCAUAGAGCACCGAUAGAAUGGAUUGGGACAGGCCAGACCAUAGAGCACCGAUAGAAUGGAUUGGGGACAGGCCAGGCCAUAGAGCACCGAUAGAAUGGAUUGUAAUAGACCAGACCAUAGAGCACUGAUAGAAUGGAUUGGGUUAGACCAGACCAUAGAACACCGAUAGAAUGGAUUGGGAUAGACCAGACCAUAGAACACCGAUAGAAUGGAUUGGGACAGGCCAUCGAACACCGAUAGAAUGGAUUGGGACAGGCCAUAGAAACACCGAUAGAAUGGAUUGGGACAGGCCAGACCAUAGAACACCGAUAGAAUGGAUUGGGACAGGCCAGACCAUAGAACACCGAUAGAAUGGAUUGGGACAGGCCAGACCAUAGAGCACCGAUAGAAUGGAUUGGGGACAGACCAUAGAACACCGAUAGAAUGGAUUGGGGACAGACCAUAGAACACAGAAUGGAUUGGGACAGGCCAGACCAUAGAACACCGAUAGAAUGGAUUGGGACAGGCCAUAGAACACCGAUAGAAUGGAUUGGGACAAGCCAUAGACCACAGAUAGAAUGGAUUGGGACAGGCCAUAGACCCCAGAUAGAUUGGAUUGGGACAGGCCAGACCAUAGAACACCGAUAUAAUGGAUUGGGAUAGACCAGACCAUAGAACACCGAUAGAAUGGAUUGGGGACAGGCCAUCCAUAGAGCACCGAUAGAAUGGAUUGGGAUAGACCAGACCAUAGAGCACCGAUAGAAUGGAUUGGGAUAGACCAGACCAUAGAACACCGAUAGAAUGGAUUGGGACAGGCCAGACCAGAGAACACCGAUAGAAUGGAUUGGGGACAGACCAUAGAACACAGAUAGAAUGGAUUGGGACAGGCCAGACCAUAGAACACAGAUAGAAUGGAUUGGGACAGGCCAGACCAUAGAACACCGAUAGAAUGGAUUGGGACAGGCCAGACCAUAGAACACCGAUAGAAUGGAUUGGGACAGGCCUUAGAACACCGAUAGAAUGGAUUGGGGACAGACCAUAGAACACCGAUAGAAUGGAUUGGGGACAGACCAUAGAACACCGAUAGAAUGGAUUGGGACAGGCCAUAGAACACCGAUAGAAUGGAUUGGGACAGGCCAUAGAACACCGAUAGAAUGGAUUGGGACAAGCCAUAGACCACAGAUAGAAUGGAUUGGGACAGGCCAUAGACCCCAGAUAGAUUGGAUUGGGACAGGCCAGACCAUAGAACACCGAUAUAAUGGAUUGGGAUAGACCAGACCAUAGAACACCGAUAGAAUGGAUUGGGGACAGGCCAUCCAUAGAGCACCGAUAGAAUGGAUUGGGAUAGACCAGACCAUAGAGCACCGAUAGAAUGGAUUGGGAUAGACCAGACCAUAGAACACCGAUAGAAUGGAUUGGGACAGGCCAUCGAACACCGAUAGAAUGGAUUGGGACAGGCCAUAGAAACACCGAUAGAAUGGAUUGGGACAGGCCAGACCAUAGAACACCGAUAGAAUGGAUUGGGACAGGCCAGACCAUAGAACACCGAUAGAAUGGAUUGGGACAGGCCAGACCAUAGAACACCGAUAGAAUGGAUUGGGAUAGGCCAGACCAUAGACCCCAGAUAGAAUGGAUUGGGAUAGACCAGACCAUAGACCGCAGAUAGAAUGGAUUGGGAUAGACCCCAGAUAGAAUGGAUUGGGAUAGACCGCAGAUAGAAUGGAUUGGGAUAGACCCCAGAUAGAAUGGAUUGGUAUAGACCAGACCAUAGACCGCAGAUAGAAUGGAUUGGGAUAGACCAGACCAUAGACCGCAGAUAGAAUGGAUUGGGACAGACCGCAGAUAGAAUGGAUUGGGAUAGACCAGACCAAGACCGCAGAUAGAAUGGAUUGGGACAGACCGCAGAUAGAAUGGAUUGGGACAGACCAGACCAUAGACCGCAGAUAGAAUGGAUUGGGACAGGCCAGACCAUAGAACACCGAUAGAAUGGAUUGGGAUAGGCCAGACCAUAGACCCCAGAUAGAAUGGAUUGGGAUAGACCAGACCAUAGACCGCAGAUAGAAUGGAUUGGUAUAGACCAGACCAUAGAUCACCGAUAGAAUGGAUUGGGAUAGACCAGACCAUAGACCGCAGAUAGAAUGGAUUGGGACAGACCGCAGAUAGAAUGGAUUGGGAUAGACCAGACCAAGACCGCAGAUAGAAUGGAUUGGGACAGACCGCAGAUAGAAUGGAUUGGGACAGACCAGACCAUAGACCGCAGAUAGAAUGGAUUGGGACAGGCCAGACCAUAGACCGCAGAUAGAAUGGAUUGGGACAGACCACAGACUGCAGAUAGAAUGGAUUGGGAUAGACCAAAGAUAGAAUGGAUUGGGACAGACCACAGACCGCAGAUAGAAUGGAUUGGGACAGGCCAGACGAUAGACCCCAGAUAGAACUAUUUCUAAAGGUAAAUGCACAAAAUAUACAUGCCACAUGUAGUGAAUGCAGUGUGACAGGGGAGCAGUGUGUAUUUGUGUAGUGGAUGCAGUGUGGGACGCAAAAAUGCCCCCUCACACACUCCAUUAUAUACACAUACACUACACAAACACACUGUGUAUAUAAUGCAGUGUGUGUGUGUUUGUAUAGUGUGUGUAUAUAAUGCAGUGUGUGCAAUGUAUACCCACACACACACACACUGCAUUAUAUACACAGUGUGUUUGUGUAGUGUAUGUGUAUAUAAUGGAGUGUGUGAGGGGGCAUUUUUUAUUAAAUUAUUAUUUAUUUUUUUAUAUUUAUUUAAUUAUUAUUUAUUUUUGUUGUCCCCCCUCCCUGCUUGUUGCCUGGCCAGGGAGGGGGGAUAUAGCAGUCCCUGGUGGUCCAGUGGUAUUGGCUGAGCUUUGGGGGGGGCGGACAGCAAGCGCUUACUCACCUCCCAGCAGCUCCCCAGUGCAACUCUCGCGGCCAGCGUGUCGCGCGGAGCGUUGCCAUGGUGAUCCAUGGCAACGCUCUGACGGCCGCGGGUCUCGCGAGAGUUGCACUGGGGAGCUGGAGGAGCUGCCGGGAGGUGAGUAAGCGCUUGCUAAGACCUGCUAAGGACAGAUGAUUAUUAUUACUAUGUCCUGAUAUGUAAAAGCAUAGAAUUCAAAGAGGGUGCACUUUCUUUUUCCCGGGACUGUAUGUAUAUAUUUGUAUAAAACUUGAAGUCCUGUGUUACUAUCCAGACCUAUGUGAGCUUUAGCACACACCCCAUGACUGAAUUCUACUCACUAAGGCUAUAUUUUUACUCGCUAAUGGCUAACUAUAUAUUUGGGAAGAAUAGUCUUCACAUGCAUCUGCUACAAUCAAUAUUUGUAUUACUUAGAAGUAAUUAAGUGUAAAGUUACUAAAAUUAAGAUAUGAUCAAUGGAUACACCUGCAUCAAGGCCUUUGCUCAUAGAUCUUAGUUUGUUCACCUGGGUGGGUGGAGGAUAUUGUCACCAAUAUUAAAUGUAUUUUGAUCCCAGGGAUUGCAAUUUCGUUGACAUUUGUAGGGUAAUUAGUCUAAUAAAUAUGUAGCUAGGCAAAAAUAAUUCACUAUGAAGAUCCCUUGAUAAGCUUCACGCGGGGGUUCCUUGGAAGCCAUCUCUGUAUCAGCUAUGAAAACUGAGCUCUUCUGGGUCACAUCCUGAUAAGGUUGACUCAAUUUGACAAAAUUGGAGUGACUUAGAGAGAUUAAAGGCAAGUUCUCUGCAGAUGUUCGAGAUAAUGGAAGCACUGUCUGAGUAUCGCUCAUCAACUCCCUUGACGUGGGCUCCUAGUUUCAGGUUUCAGGACCGCUAACUACAACUUUGAAAAUGUAAAAUAUCUAAUCCUAAAUCUAGUAUUCAAUAGCUGCAGGCUGGAUGCUAAUUCUCUGGCACAUAAUCCUUUUAUUUUUAAUAUAUACUUCAUUGCCACCUGUUUGUCACUUGUGUAGUAUAAAUGGAAUGAUGUCUAUAGACUACUAGUCGAUGGAUGUGUGACUAACGUAUUAGAUUAGCAGUGAAAGAGAAUCUUUUAGGAUCAGAAGGAUGCAGAAACAUCUACACUCUUCCCAUAUCAAAUACCUUCAUCAGCCAUCGUAUCAUAUAUUCAGCAAAGCCAGUCACAUGAACAGAACACCGUUUAUGAAGACAAGUUAAGUACAGAUCUUUACCCAUCUCUACCAUUGUUAUUUAUUUUUAUUUUUUUGGUCCCAAGAGUGCACUUUGCUGUCUUUCCACCCUUUCGUGUAAUUAAAUAUUUACAAUAUAUUGACACUCUCUGAUCCUAUGGAAGUACAUUAACAUCUAGAAACAGAAUGUCAGUGCAGACUAUUAAUCUGUCCUUGGAAGUAUUUUGCAAUGUGUACACCAUGCAUGUCAAACUCAAAUGCUAGCACGGGCCAAAUAAACAAGGUUUAAGCUUAUGUGGGCCGCAAAAAAACCCUUCCAUUUUCAUAGAAAUGUAGGUUUGUUUUGAAAAGUACAGUAUAAAUAAACAGCAUCCCAGUUCCCCUCUCUAUACUAAUUCCCAGUUCCCCCCUCUAUACUAAAACCCAUUCUCCCCCUCUACUAAAACCCAGCCCCACACCCCCCACUAAACCGCGGCCCUUGUUUUAAAAAAAUAAAUAAAUACGCCAACAAGCAGACUCCACUCACGUUGGCGCUGCCAGUUUGCGAAUCCGGAGUCCAGCCUCUGAUAUACGCCCAAUGGCGCCGUCUGGACCCUGUGCCUCCUGCUACUCCUUGAAACCCUGUGAAGGUGGAGCAGGUUGAUGUCACGUCAGACUGUGACGUGGCGUUGUGUACCUGCAUGCACCACCAGGUCCUCCAGCCGCAGUCAUCGCAACACACUCACUCUCUGACAGUCACACACAAACAUUGUAGCGGAGCUGCAACAUUAAAAUCGAUAUCUCUGUAGAACAUCAAAGAAAGCGCAGUAUAUUCCCAAUUCCCCCAGUAACCGGACGAUACACAGUUCUGGGAGUCAACUGUUUAAUGGUAACCACGCACAGCCUUUUAUGUGUGUCCCCAUCUAAGGGGCAUUUCCUACUGGACCUGAGAGGGGACAGGCACAAAGUACACAACAUAGGUCCAGGACAUGUACAGUAAUAAACGCCCUUUUUAUAAUACGGUACCCCCUCAAGUACUAUAUCCCUGGAUAGCCUGGAUCUGAGCACCCAACAUAUCUCGAAAGCACACCGAUCCCACGAACGUAGCCGAAACGCCACCGGGCUAUAGCUUAGGCUGACUGCACAUGAGGCCCCUGCCCACAAGAGUUCCAUGAAAUCGGGCUGUGUGGUCAGUCUUUCGGAAGUACAAAACACAAUAAAAUAACGAAUGUAACUGUUCGUAUAUUAGUUGAUUGUGUGUCCCUCGUUCGGGAGUUUGUUCUCCACGAAUGCCACUCUUCUUAGGUGAAUGGGACCAAGCACAUGUAGAGGUGGAAGUUCCAGCGGUGUUCGCACAGUCGAGUGUCCGAUUAUAGUUCAAUGCACUUGACAACCAAACACCGCUGUAUGUGUUCGCGGCUAAAGAUGGCCGCCACCACGUAUUCAGUCAUACGAACAGCGGCCACCCGGCUGACCACCUAGAACCUCGCGGUUUCUAAGUGUUAAGGGGGGUAAUAGGGUCAAUUGGCAGCAUACGACUCCAUGUGUGGUCUAACUGUUCGGGGGUUAGUUCUGUAUACGAAAAAUAUAACUAUAACUUGUUCGGUGGACCCCAGUUGUCGAACCAGAUAAGUCCCUGAUUUAACAGUACAUAAUCCAAAUAGAUAACUUGUUCUGCCACACACUCUGACAGAGACACACACACACACACACACACACACUCUCUCUGACAGACAUACUCCCACACAAACACACACACACACAUCUACACAUUCUUGCACACACUUACAUCAUUUGAUUUAUUGCUCCCUACCUUUGGGAGCUGGUGUGUGUCUCCCUUGCUGCUCACUGCUCCCUCACGUGUGCAGUUUAGUAAUGACAUAUUUCGGCACCUGGCAUCACUGCAGCGGGCACGCACAACGGAGCAGUGAGGACAGAAAGACUGAGCUCCCUCGCUGCCGCCAGUGACCUCUCCUCCCGGGCCGGGUACAUUUUAGCAGAGUAGGCACCUGCAAUGUGGGGAAGAGCAGGUGCCUACUCUGCCUUAGUAAGCAUGUCUCAUACUCGCGGCUCGCCGGGUAGUAACAGUAGUCAUUGUGGGCCGGGAGUGCUUGGGGUACACCAUCUCUGGUUUAGGAGUAUUGUAAUGCUUUAAUAGUUCUAGUUAUGAUCCUUUUAUGACUUCACAUGUCAUGUACCAGGCUGUGAUCACACUAACAUGAUCCAUUUACUAAACUUAGAAUUGGCAAAAAUUCAAACGUUAGACCAAAAUAGCAGAAUGAGAAAAAAAGUGCCAUGUUUGUUUUCAAUGUGGCUGUAAAUUUGACAUUCAUUGUGAAUUCUGGCAAUCCUUACUUUAGUGAGUAACCUUGUAAUUAUUUUUUAAUAAUGUAUUGCUUGCGUGCAGCUUCCUGUUGGUUAGAGAUGACUUAAAUGUCUACCUUUGUCUGAUUUUUAGCUUUAAUAGAAAAAGCAUUCUGAACGCUGUGUUACCUUAAAGCUGAUCUGUCAUUUUGUGGGAUUUGUUUUUAAAUUGAUCCUUUUUGUCCCUCUAUUUCUCUUUUUCACCAUAGGUUUUUUGUUAUCCAUAAGUAAAGGAUCUCAUGGAGUGUGUGAUGUUUUGGUAACAGACAGGGUCUGGGUAGAGUUCCAUUUCAGUUUAUCCAUAAUCCAUCAAAAUAGUCCCAUAAAGGGCCAGCUGCAGACUAUGUGAGGAGAGCAUUCUGCGCAGUUGGCGACACCAGUCGUCCUGCCUCAUAUCUCAUCCUUUUGUGGAGUUUAGGUUCCUUCUGAUUUUAGUGGGAACAGGAAUUUUAAAUUAAUAAAUUAGGCAGACGAAAUAAACUACUUUUGUAGGGUAUUUUUUUUCUUGUUUUGUUUAUAAGUUUGCUGGGAUUUUAGGAACAUAUUUGUUGGCAAAUGUAGACUUCUCACACCUGGUGUAACCAGAAAAUGUUCUUCUCUGUGAGUAACUCUUCCAUUUGGGUUUUGUCUUCUAUUAGAAAUUAAUGGAACUUCAAAAGAAACGUCUCGAAUUGAAAGCUCAAGCUAGCAGGAUGGAGAAGAGAAAAAGUCUACGGAAAAGUAAAUCGUUAUUUUAAAUACAUUUAUAUGAAAAUUGGCAUAUUUUGGAAUGUGGAUAUUUUUCAAAUAUAAUGGAACAAACAGAGCCCAUUAAGGAAGCCAUGCCACCAGACAAUCGUGAGAUGUGACUUCCCAGGAUUUGUAAUAUUCUGUUUGCUCGUUUUCUUUAUUUAAAGGGAUACCCCAGGCAGCUUACUGUAGUGGUUAUGGUGACUGGAACUUGCCUUCUUACAUGGGGUCCAGUGUGUGCCGCUGCCUACCUGCUCUACCAAAACGGCAGAGCAGUAACUUCUGUCAACUGCCCUGAGCUAAGCCCAGCGAUAGAUCAGUGCAACUGAUUGCACUCAGCCAAAUAGCGAAACACCUAGUGGAGUGGAGAAGGUGGUCGCCAAGUAUAACGUUUCAUUCCUUUUAUUGUGGGGGGGGGGGAGACAGUACAGCCAUAGUGGUUGUGGUGUCUGGGCCUUUUACAGAUGUGUUUGUGGGGUUUGAAAUAUCAAAUUAAAUGUAGAAAUUCGCACCACUGUGUUUGGCUCAAUCAUAGAACAGAGUGCCUCCAUCUUGACUCCCUGCCAUUCACUGUUAUAAGUUCUGUCCUGUCUACGUUGAGGUGGAGAGGCAAUGUUUUGGCUGUGCCUGGACUGAAGUGGAAAUCUGUAAUAUAAAUAUAGAAGGAAAUAAUCAUUAAAACUAUUUUAAAUGUUUUAUUUAUUGAUGUAAUUUCCAAUAAAUUGAUGGCCGCCCUUUAAAAUAUAAAAAAAUUUCUUUGAAAAGUUUAAUAUGUAAUGGGUUGGAAUAAUCAGAUUGAGGUAAAAAGAAAAAUACAAUGUGUGUUGUAGGCCUUCAAAAUGUAUAAUUCAUUAGCCAGUUUUUACAAUGAAAUCGAUUUGUUGUCUAUAAAGAAACACUUUGGAACACUGAUCUGGAGUGCACCCCUUCUCCUAAUAAAAACUGAUUUACUUAGUACACUUUUUAAUUCAGCCGUAUCACCUUUUCCCUCUUGAAGGGGUGAGCACUGGUGGGAUUAUCCCCCCUUUUUUUUUUUUUUUUUGGCUUCUCAUUUUAUUUAAAGGGGGUAAUAUAAGCUUCUAAUCACUUAUGAUCAGUGAAGUGGUUUUGGUAUUUAGUGCAGUAUCACAGCUCAAUCUCUUCACAUUUAAGAGUUAAACCCACCCAAACCACACCUCCCCUGGCAGUGACUCUACCUACUUCUAUUUCAUUCAGUGACAGUGUGUCUUUACGUUAGGAGUUCUAAGCUCCUGUUAAAGGGCCACUCUUUGGAUGAUUCCCAAGGUGCCGUCUUACCAAAAUUCUGUCCCUGAGUGCCCAUCCCUCUGCCUCGACUGCUCUGCUAUUGGGAAAACAUUGGAUUGGUGACCAGUAAUAGGUUGAGAGGGCCAGCUGAGGCUCUCAGCUUAUUACUGGCUGCUAUUUGCCAUAGUGCUUGACACAUAAGUCAGCAGUAUAUAGCGCAAUAAAGUAUUCCUCCAGAUCCUGCUGUUUGCAAUCCGUAAGCAGUGAAGAUAUUCAGCACGUAUUUCACAGCCACCUACAUAGGUGCUUUAACUUAUUGUGAUAUGCUAUUUGAACAGCAAAUAGAGUUGCUGGUCUCAUUAGACUUAUCGUGCUGUAUAGCAGGGAUUUCAAAAAUGUGUGCAAUUUGUUUUUUGGGUGAAUUUAUUUCUGGUGCAGAUUAAGUUCCCCUUUAAGUUAGACUGUUGGUGGUUUAGUUAUGGCUAGUGAGGUGCAAAACUUGGCCUGUUCUUCUCUUUUGUUUGCUAUGUUACCCUCCUCAAUGUUAUGUUCAGUAACCUUUUGAUGGAAUAGAUUUUUAUAUACAAAGAACGGUGUUCUAAUGGUCUUUAACGUUCAUGCUGCCCAGAAUGCAAUUUUCAUGCAGUGCAUUGGGGAGAUGCUACACAUAUAAGAAGGGCCUCCAUGCAGUGCAUUGGGGAGAUUCUACACAUAUAGGGAGGGCCUCCAUGCAGUGCAUUGGGGAGAUUCUACACCUAUCGGAAGGGCCUCCAUGCAAUGCAUUGGGGAGAUGCUACACAUAUAAGAAGGGCCUCCAUGCAGUGCAUUGGGGAGAUUCUACACAUAUAGGGAGGGCCUCCAUGCAGUGCAUUGGGGAGAUUCUACACCUAUCGGAAGGGCCUCCAUGCAGUGCAUUGUGGAGAUUCUAUACCUAUCGGAAGGGCCUCCAUGCAGUGCAUUGUGGAGAUUCUACACCUAUCGGAAGGGCCUCCUGUGCAGUGCAUUGUGGAGAUUCUACACAUAUCGGAGGGGUGCUUGUUGGUAUGGACUGACAAUCUAGUGUGUUAAUGUAGGCUUUCAUUUAUUUUAUAGGGAAACAUAAAGAGAAGACAACCGGAAAUCAAGAGAUGAAUAACAGGUAUUUACUGAUUUUAUCAAUAUAAUAUCACACUCCCUUCUGUGAGCGUUUCCAUGCUGUUGGGUGCUUGGUGUUUAUAUUUCCUAUCUUUUAAUAUAAGGAACAUAGCAUCCCCUCCAUUGGUGCUUUAAAGAUUAUCCGUUGUUUGAUGCCAUUAAUAAGGUCUCUUUUUUUUUUUUUUUUUUCAGCCCAGCUCCUGCAAAGAAUUCUGCGUUAGAUACUCUCCAGCCAUACUUUGAGGCAAGUGAUCGAUUUGAACCUCCAGUCUGCAUCAAAAUCAUUAAGAAGGUGAGUACUCCCUUUUUCUGGAAAUUCGUUUGAGUUGCUAAUCAAGACAGUAUUUCUUGGUAAAACAUCCUCUCUGUGAUAAACUGCUCUGCCCUGCUUACUCUAUCACACUGUGGCAAAACUAGCCAUUUAAGACUGUAUUUUUAUGUAUGUGUUACUAUCCCUUUAAAGACUGUAAGAACCAAGUGAAUACCUGUAUAGGCAUAUUAUACGAACGAGAGCAUUCGUAUGCUGGCAGCAAGAAAGCCACCAGCAUUCAUACAGUAGUUUCAUAAACAGUGAAUUUCAACCCUGUUCGUGAAACGAAUUAACUACUGAAUGGGAGACCACACACAGGAGGUUGUGUGGCUCCCAUUAAAUAUUGCAACAAUGUUUCAUUCAGUAAUUAUCGAGAUUCAUGGUGGCCGGCGGUCGGCCAUCUUGGAUUCUUUGUUAGCCCAGCGGUAUUUGGUCGUCGAGCGCCUGGAACUAAAAUCGGCUACUCGACGGCACGAAUACCGCUGGACUUCCAGGCUGUUCGGGAGCACCGGUCAUUCAGUAGUUUGUUCCCCUAUUGACAAUCGGUACUUUGGAUACAAAUGUAAAAUAAUAUGUGAUUCGUGCGGCGUUAGUUUUGCUGGGAUCUGAGCGGUACUUGCACGAAAUGUGUGCUCAGACCCCAGAACGUUCAUUCGUUAAAAUAAGGUGAAUAAUGCAAAAGUUAUACAUUUUUAUGUGAAAUGUCGGUUCUGCUGCACGGAGGUAUAAUCCACUUAACUGGAUAUUCUAGUGGGAGUAUCCCUCUCAUACAGCAGUGCAUGAUGGGAGAAAUGUCCAGGUUGUUAAGUUCCCCAUGUAGUCCCCUACUGUACAACCCCUGUAAUGUCAGUAGGGAAACCCCUUCCAUGGGGAAUCCCAUAAAUACUGUGACCUGAGAUUAAAACCUCAGUUGACUCCCAGCCUAUGUGUCGUCUAAUUCUUGGGAAGGAAGGAUUCUUAUAACGCUACCGGAAUUAUUGUAUGCUGUACUUAUUUUGCUUGGAUUAUUUUAUGCUGUUCCUGUUACCCAGCGGAGAUACUGUGGAUUAUACUACCUCUCCGCUACACACACACACGAUGCUCUUUAAUUAAAAUCUAAAAGUAUUGGUUAAUAAAAGUCUGUUUACUGACAAUGUCCCCUGGUUCAUGAUACAACUGUUUUUCAAACAGUUUGACCAAAACACUGGGUUCCUGGGUCACCUGCAGCCUCUAGACCCCCUACCACCCCCAUUUGCCAGAAUUGUGAAAGUUCCACAUUUGCUCACACUACUUGAAAACAGUUUGACCAAGAACUGCAGUAACGGGCCCUCUGCCUUACAGCACAAUGACCUGUAGAGUGGCAGGUGAUGCUGUAUAGGGCUGUUGGCUUCCCCUGAUAUUCCCAGGGAUGUAUUUAGUAUAAGAUUCUGUUGGCUAGGUGUGACAGCACAUGUAAACCUGCGUAUUGCUUAACAGACAUGGUGCAGCCCUAUAAUGCCUUACCAUGAGAUCUUAAAGGUAGGCAGACAAUGUAAUAGAGCAGCAGGAAAUGCUAGCAGAAUGCUUGGUUGUAUAGGGAGAGGUAUUAGCAGUAGAAAGAGGGAAGUGUUCAUGCCAUUGUACAGAACACUGGUGAGACCUCACUUGGAGCAUUGUACGCAGUACUGGAGACCGUAUCUUCAGAAGGAUAUUGAUACCUUAGAGAGGGUUCAGAGAAGGGCUACUAAACUGGUUUAUGGAUUGCGGGAUAAAACUUACCAGGAAAGGUUAAAGGAUCUUAACAUGUAUAGCUUGGAGGAAAGACGAGACAGGGGGGAUAUGAUAGAAACAUUUAAAUAUAUAAAAGGGAAUCAACACAGUAAAGGAGGAGACUAUAUUUAAAAGAAGAAAUACUACCACAACAAGAGGACAUAGUCUUAAAUUAGAGGGACAAAGGUUUAAAAAUAAUAUCAGGAAGUAUUACUUUACUGAGAGGGUAGUGGAUGCAUGGAAUAGCCUUCCAGCUGAAGUGGUAGAGGUUAACACAGUAAAGGAGUUUAAGCAUGCGUGGGAUAGGAAUAAGGCUAUCUUAACUAUAAGAUAAGACUAGGGACUAAUGAAAGUAUUUAGAAAAUUGGGCAGACUAGAUGGGCCGAAUGGUUCUUAUCUGCCGUCACAUUCUAUGUUUCUAUGUUUCUACCAAUCAAGGUUCCAGUGUUUAAUAUUUUUUUUUUUCUGACCGCUUCUCUGUAGUCCCGCCUGGAAGAUGCUAUGGACCAAGCUGUAAAGGGUGGAGAUAUUGAAACAGCAGAGGAACUAAGUGACAGGCUGGCAACUCGCGAGGCAAGUGUCAUUGAUCCAUUCAGGUUAUGUCAGGAUCAGGCUUGUGUGCUAAUGUUUGCAGUAGUUAGAGGGAAGGGAGAUUCCUGAUCUGUGUCUCUCGCUAUUUGUUUUUUUUUCCUAGUUAAUUUAUAGCAGCUUUGAUUAAAGUCGACUAAUUAUCAGUUUUCUUCUGCCAAGUAGUGUGUGGAGGGGAAUAUUUUACUUUUUUCACAUAUUUUAGUAAUCAGAAUUAAUGAGGACAUAAAACAACCCUUUUUUUGUUUAAAAAAAAAAAAAGUCUUAUACAAUGAUUUUAUAGGUUUAAACAGGUUUUUUUUUUUUUUUAAAUGUUUUCUACUAUGUUUAUCAAUAUUUUCUUUAUAUUAAAAAACAAACAUUGCCAAAAGUAUUUGUAGUUACUGAACUAUAUUUGCAAAAGGUUGUCUGUAAUAACCGCUGGAUUUUUAUAUUGUAAUGUCUGCCUGUGCUGAUAUGUUUUAGAGCAUUCGUAUGCUAGCAGCCGAAAGCCUCUAGCAUUCAUGUAUUUCGUUUCACCAACAGAGACUUUGCCGGCUGUUCGUGAAACGAAUGAGCUACCACCCAGUAGCCCACACACAGAGGGUCGUGUGGCACCCAUUAAUCUGC